ACUCCUCUCGCCACCGACCACCCACUGCCAGGUGGGACCCACCUGCCACCUCAUCAAACCAACCGGCACAAUAUAAAUAGGCGACCCAACCACUCGAUCGAUCUCUCCUGGAGAAAUUCCACGCAGCAGCUGAGCUCUCGAUCUCGCCACAGAGCCAGGUGUGCGUCUCCGGGAUCGAUGAGGCAGCUCAUCCGGCGGCUCUCCCGCGUCGGCGACUCCUCCGCCGCCGCCGCCUCGUCGUCGUCGCCGGGGAAGCGGCGGGGCGCAGGGACGAAGAAGAAGGCGGCGGCGGCGGGGGUGCCGCCGGAGGGGCACGUGCCGGUGGACGUCGGGGAGGAAGGGGAGGAGGCGACGGAGCGGUUCCUCGUGCGGGCCGAGCUGCUGGGGCGGCCGGCGCUGGCCGAGCUGCUGGGCCGCGCCGCGCAGGAGUACGGCUACGACCACCGCGGCCCGCUCCGCAUCCCCUGCUCCCCCGCCGCCUUCCGCCGCGCGCUCGCCGGCGCCGGGGAUGGAGACCACGACGACGACGGCUAGACAUUAAGACAAAGCAAAAAAACGGUGUUGGGUUGAUUUACUACUACGUGCGAGAGAGAGGCUUCUGAGCUCAGCAUUAGACAAGCUAGCAAAUGACACUGCAUGAGCCGCUGCCUUCUCUGUGUGUGCAUACCGCUUGGAAGUUGGAAGAGACGAAGAUUAUUAAUACUAGUACUAGUAGUUUUCUUUUUCUCUCUGUAAUGUAGCUGAAUCAGCUGGUUGCUAGGCCCUAGCUAGCUAUAGAUGGCUGUAUUAUACCACCAUAUAGUAUGUUGGAAGAGUAUUACUGUGUAUUUCUACUUUGUUUA